AAUGUGUUUAUUGUUUCGUUCGCUUCUCUAGACAUAAAGUUCAACGUCAUUAAAAGUGAUAUUCUUGUAGUGUGUAAUUAAUUCAUUAUUUCCUCUGCAUUUUGUGAGUCACUGUAAUUAAAGCCAAAGAUUAAGAUAAAAUGCUGCUUUUAACAACGUUUUUAUAUGUCGGUUUGUCUUUGUCAUUUCCUCUAAAAGAUUGUCAAUCGAGAAAUCAAGAUAUUCUGUUUAUAAUUGAUUGUCGAAGUGAAGUGCAAGAACAGAUAGACUUUAUACAAACUACAACCAAUUACCUUUCUAAAAGGUACGACUUGAAACAAAAUCACUCUGUGAUGAUGUUUACAGCCCAUGGCAUAACUGAGAUCAAUAAUUUCACAGACAUUCAAGACAUGCAGCUUUCCUGUAGUCAGUCCUUUCCUAUUAAUGACAUCUUUAACGCAUCAGAAGUCUGGUUCAAGUCUAGAGAUAGACCUCUGGUGACAUUAGUUUUCUUCUCCCAUUCCAGCACAGCACAGUACACUGAUGUGAAAACAAUUAUUAAAAGACAAAAAAAAGACAAACAAGUUGACCGAUUUUUUUUCUUGCCAGACAAGGAUGAGUUUUCAGAGAUAUUUGAUAAUAUUUUUUUCUACCUUUAUAAAUCUUACAGAAAAUUAAACAUUGUUGAUAUAUUCGCUAAAAUAUGUGAAUUAAGUUGUAAAAAGUCAAUUCAUACGUUUACUACACAAGGUUCAAUGAAGUCAUAUUACCACAUAGCUAAUGUUUAUAACAAGAGUCAUGAUGAAAGUGUCAAGUACUGUGAAGAACAACAGAUGAAUAGCUAUUUAAUUUCGCUAGAGUCUCCUCAAGAGAUUAAUUUUCUAUUUAAUCUAUUAGAAAAGAAAAACAUCACAAAGAAUUUAAAAAGUAAAUUUAGUUUAUAUCUUGGAAUAAAAAAUGGCACGCAUGGUUUGUUCUGGCACUCACAAUACCCUUUUGUGUUUCCUCAUUCUUUAUCCACUGUUUCUGAAGGGAACUGUUUUUUUAUUAAUAUAUAUAAUACUAAUCUUAAAUUUAGUGAAAAAAAUAUUUCCCUUUUUAUGAGCAAUGUGUCUGUUGAGGAUUGCUUCAAAAUUUUAAAACCUUCAGUAGUGAUCUGCGAAUGUCAUGAAGUUCUAUCAAAUGCAAAAGUAUCACGUGAUUUAAUUGAGGCAGCAUCUAAAAAUAAAAAAAUUAUAGAGCGUUCCCAUUUUUUUCUAACCAUGCUUCAUAUAUUUGAAAAACCUUUAUUUUAUCAUAGGUCUCUUCAGACCAUUGAAUGUCUUCCAAAUAUUUCAGCUCCAAAAGACUAUUCCCAAAUGUAUACCUGUAACAACAGAAUAGUAUACAACGUUGAUGAGAAAAGCAAUGAAAAAAACUACAUUUCAUUUUUAUUUCAAAAUGGUAAGAGUCAUUUAGUUCUAGGACGUAUCGAGAUUUGUGACAGCAACGAAAAACAGAGCAAUAAAACCAUCGAACAUUUAAAAAAAGGAAAUGACUUGUUUUGUGCGAAAGUAUCAAAUAAAACAAAAAUAAUCCAUCCCCAGGAAAUUUAUAAACUUAUAGACUUACCAGAUCCAAAAUUUAUUUGUAAAUACCAACCUCAAAAACUAGUUCACAGGUGCAUAAAAACUAGAGAUUAUAACCAUUCAUUUAAUUCAAUCUGCUUAGAUAACUCACACCUACAGAACUGCAGGAAAUUCCCCUGCCCUGAUGGAUUUCUGAAAUGCCCAAACUCAUAUUGUAUUUUUAGCACAAUGAUUGGUGACGGCAUUCGAGACUGCCCUUUUGGUGAAGACGAGUUUCAGGUCAAUAAUUUUUUAGGCCAAGUGAAAAUAACUUUCAGUGUGGAAGACGUUUGUAUCAAUAACUUAAACCAAGACAACAAAAUGUUAUUAAAUGAUUUUAAUAAUAGGGCACAGUUUGAAUGUAACCUACCUUGCCCGACAAACUACAAGUGUAUUUCUAGUAAAAAAAAGCAACAAAAUACAAAAAAUGAAACUGAAAACAUUAAAUAUUUAUAUCAUAUUACCUUUGACCUGUAUAACAUUUCAAACGUAAUAUAUACAUUUCAUAUGUACACUAGAAUUUCUCCUCCCUUGAGAAUAGUUGAAUUCUAUGGAAAAGACUGUAGACUACAAAACUUUGACUUCGCAUUUCAGUAUUGGAAUUUUUUAGAUAUUAUUGUCUUAGAUCUUAGUUCUAAUGAGUUAAUUAGCAGUAAUUAUAUCAAAACUAUAACAAGUUUUAGCAAAUUAAAAAUUUCAUGUGCUGGUUUCCAGUUGGAAUACUUGGAUUUCUGA